GCACCAGCGCGAGUGCGAGCGCGGGCGCUGGGGUUGUCGCGUUUGGCGUUGACGCUGAUGGCGGCGCCGGCGCGGUUGGUGGGGUGGAGCGGCCGUACGGCGUCAAGGUGCGGUCGGCGAGCGCGACGAUGGACCGCGAGGCGGCGGUGGCUGGCCUUGGGCUCGCGGGCGGCACGGGGCCGCAGUGGCGUCGGCAGGGCGGGGAGCAGUAUCAGAGGCAUGGGAGCUUGGAGGGUCCACGCGGGCGGGGCAUGGGGGCAGGAUCGUCGCCGCGUGGGGCGAAAGGGCAGCCGCCGAAGGUGCGCAGGCCGCACACGAGCGGCGGGGUCCCCGGGGACGAAGCUUCCGACUCGAGUUCCCCCGCGCCGCGCGCGACGCGCCAUCAUCGCUCGCACUCCGCCGCACCGUCCGGUCUGUACGGCGGCGCGUAUGUCGGGUCGCCGGGAUCUCUCGACCGCGACGAGCCCGCGCGCGAGGCUGACGAGGCGGAUCUCGUCGACGGGGACGCGUCGGACCUGAGCGCGACGCCCGUCCAGACGCGCUCUGCGCACACGUCGCCCGCGUCCGCGCCCCCGCCUGUUCUCGUCUCGUCGCCGAGUUCAGGUGCGCCGGGAAAGUUGUCUACCGCGCCUGCGAUCUCUACGACGACGUCCACGACGACGACGACGGCGGCGGGGGCGGCGGCGGCAACCGCGCCUGUGCCUGCGCUCGAUAAUGAUACGCUGCGCCCGACCCCGACCGCGCGCAUGCGCUCGCGGACGCCGGACCCGAAGCGGGAUUACGCCGGCUAUGGAGACCUGGGCAGCGGCCGACCCGCGCCUGCGCUCGGCCUGGGUGUCGACGGUGCGGACGGACGCGGCGACGACGCCGGCGGCGGGGUCGAGCUCUUCCGUGUGUUCACGGCGCCGCAGCAGGAGACGUACAAUGAUCUGCUGCGCGCGAGCGAGGGCGACCGGGAGCGCCCGCGGCAGAACCAUUUCUCGAGGGCGAAUAAGCUUGCGAGGAUGGGGUUUGUUGGGGGGGAGCUUGUGGCUGGCGCCGGGGCGGGGCCGGGGAAGCAGGGGAGUAUAGGCGGGCAGGGGCAGCAGCAGCAGCAACAGCCGAGGUCGCAUGGGCAUAGGUUGGGCGGGGGGUUGAAGUCGCUGAUGCAGACGUUGAAAGGGCGGUGAUGCGUGUCGUUGUAUGCGCGCUUGGGCGCGUCGCUGUGCUAUCCUCCUCGCCACACGCUGGCGAUUGCCUCCGCGCGC